AGAGGUACAAAAUGUGGUUGUUGUAAGCUGCCUCAAGAUUCUGGAGAAGAAAGUGAUAAAUAAGAUAACGAUCAAUUAGAAUAAACUCAAGUAGCUCAAUGGUUAGAAGGACUUUGCAGAGGUAUUUAUGGGCAAAGCUGACACUCUCCUCUCCUCCGGUAUCUCCUUUUUCGUUUACUAGACCCCUUGAGCCUUUCACAAAAAAUGGAGAGUUGCAACUUCACGGGGGGUUCCGUCCCAUCCUUCUGGCUUGUCGGCUUCCCCAGCCUCCAGGAUCACCAGUUCCCCCUCUUUUUCGUCUUCCUCGCCUUCUACCUGCUCAUCCUUUCCAGUAACGCCACCAUCAUCGUGGCCGUGGCCACCGACCCCAAACUCCACAAGCCCAUGUACUUUUUCCUGACCAACCUUUCCAUCUUGGACAUCCUGCUCACCACCAUCACCAUCCCCCGAAUGCUGGCCAUGUUCUUGAUCAAUGCCAAGUCGGUCUCCUCCAAGGGAUGCUUCUUGCAGAUGUACUUCUUCCACGGGCUGGCGGUGACGGAGACCUUUCUCCUGGUGGUGAUGUCCUACGACCGCUACGAGGCCAUCUGCCAUCCCUUGCACUACGCGGUCCGGAUGACCAAGCAGAAGAACCUGCAGUUGGCUGCUGGAGCUUGGCUCUGCGCGCUGCUGGUCCCCAUCCAGCCGGUUGUCCAGUCGUUUCAGCUGACCUUUCGCCAGGCGCCCAGGGUCAACCACUGCUUCUGCGACCACUUGGCGGUGGUCCAGGCCGCUUGCCAAAAUGCCUACACCACGUUCCAGAGUUUUCUGGGCUUUACCAUUUCUAUGACUGUCGCCUUUGGCCCCCUGCUGCUUGUGGUCAUCUCCUACACCUGCAUCAUGGUCUCUGUCUUGCAGAUCAGAUCCAAGGAAGGCCGCAGGAAGACUUUCUCCACUUGCUUCUCCCACCUGGUGGUGGUCAUCACAUACUACUUCUCCAUUGCUCUGGCCUUUCUCUCCUACCGUGUUCAGAUGCCCAGCGACAUCCACAUUCUGAGCGACAUGACUUUUGCCAUUUUAACGCCUUUGGUCAACCCUCUGAUUUACACUCUGAGAAACAGGGACAUCAAGAGGGCAGUGAGACAGCUGGCGUCCUCAAAAGUCUUCUCCAUGCAGAAAGAAAGGCUCCGUUUAGAGCAAGUGGGUCUCCAAGGAGACUUAAAACCGUGUUUUAAUUAAUGGGGGUUUUCUAUUAGUGGAGCCCUUUAAUUUAAAUUAGAUUUCUGCGUACCUAAUUACAUUCGCUCCAGGACUUGUUAGUCUUCUCUAACUAAGAGCUGGUAAACUCUUGUAUAUUUUGUUGAAAAGAGCCUUAAAACAUUUUUAUGUUUUAUUUUCCGCCUAUUGCACUAUAUUUGCCUGAUAAGAAAUCAUAAUUUCAGCCAGAUAUUAUUUGUGAAUCGAAAAGAGUUGUGUUACAUUUGCUGAUAAGCCUAAAUUGAAGACAAAGCCAAUAGGAUGAAGCCUACAAGCAUCUGGGCAUUUUGCAGUUAACAUCAAGCAUAGACAAAUUAAAAAUGGGAUUAAUAAUA